AUGGCGCGGCCGCGGCCGCCCGGCCAUCUCCGCGUCGCCUUCCUCGCUGUUGUCGUCGUCGCUUUGCAUGGUCUUGGUUCCGUGGCCGCCGCCGACGACGACGAUGGGGGCGGCACGGAGGGCGACGUGCUGAUCGCGUUCCGCGACACUUUGCGAGGGUCGGACGGCGCGCCGCCGGGCCCGCUGCGGAGCUGGGGCACCCCGGGCCCGUGCCGGGGCAACAUCUCCUCCUGGUACGGCGUAUCGUGCCACGGCAACGGCAGCGUGCAGGGGCUGCAGCUGGAGCGGCUCGGCCUGGCGGGGGCGGCCCCGGACCUGGGCGCGCUCGCCGUGCUCCCGGGCCUGCGCGCGCUCAGCCUCGCCGACAACGCGCUCACGGGCGCGUUCCCCAACGUGUCCGCGCUCGCCGUGCUCAAGAUGCUCUACCUGUCGCGGAACCGGCUGUCCGGCGUCAUCCCGGACGUCACGUUCGGGCCCAUGCGCGGCCUCCGGAAGCUGCACCUCGCCAGCAACGACUUCUCCGGGCCGGUGCCCAGCUCCAUCACGUCGCCGCGGCUGCUGGAGCUGUCGCUCGCCAACAAUCGCUUCGAUGGCCCGCUGCCGGACUUCUCGCAGCCAGAGCUGAGGUUUGUCGACGUCUCCAACAACAAUCUCUCCGGCCCCAUCCCAGAGGGCCUCAGUCGCUUCAACGCAAGCAUGUUCUCAGGUAACAAGCUCCUCUGUGGCAAACCACUAGACGUCGCCUGCGACACCGCGGGGUCGCCGCGCUCCGGCAUGUCGACCAUAAUGAUCAUUGCCAUCGUGCUCAUCAUCCUCGGAGUACUUCUCGCUGCCGCGGGCGUCACCACGGGCGUCCUCGGCCGCCAGCGCACGCCGAGGCGCGCGGCCGCCGAGACGCUGGGCAGCGCCGACCAGACGCCCUCCAACCCGAAACUCCACACCGCGCCGGCCGUCAACAUCGACCAGGCCGCCAGCACUAGCCAGCCGCGCGCUGGCGCAGCUGCCGCAGCCGGGGCCGGCGGCGCAGCGAAGCGGCCGCGCCGCGACGAGCACGGGAGGCUGGUGUUCAUCCAGGAGGGCCGCCCCCGGUUCGAGAUCGAGGACCUGCUCCGGGCGUCGGCCGAGGUGCUGGGCAGCGGCAACUUCGGGUCGUCGUACAAGGCGACGCUCUGUGAGGGCCCGGCGGUGGUGGUGAAGCGGUUCAAGGACAUGAACGGCGUCGGGCGGGAGGACUUCUCGGAGCACAUGCGCCGCCUCGGCCGCCUUGCCCACCCCAACCUCCUCCCCCUCGUCGCCUACCUCUACAAAAAGGAGGAGAAGCUCCUCAUCACCGACUAUAUGGUCAAUGGCAGCCUCGCCCAGCUCCUCCAUGGUAACCGCGGAUCGAUCUUAGACUGGGGGAAGCGGCUGCGGAUCAUCAAGGGGACGGCGCGUGGGGUGGCGCACCUGUACGACGAGCUGCCGAUGCUGACGGUGCCGCACGGGCACCUCAAGUCGUCGAACGUGCUGCUCGACGGCGCGUUCGAGGCGGUGCUGGCGGACUACGCGCUGGUGCCGGUGGUGACGGCGCACCACGUGGCGCAGGUGAUGGUGGCGUACAAGGCGCCCGAGUGCAUCGCGCCGCAGGGGAAGCCGUCCAAGAAGAGCGACGUGUGGAGCCUCGGGAUCCUCAUCCUUGAGGUGCUCACCGGCAAGUUCCCCGCGAACUACCUCCGGCAGGGGCGGCAGGGCACCGACCUCGCCGGGUGGGUUCACGCGGUCGUCACGGAGGAGCUUACCGGCGAGGUGUUCGACAAGGACAUCACGGGGGCCAGGGGCGCCGAGGCCGACAUGGUCAAGCUGCUUCAGGUCGGUCUGGGAUGCUGCGAGGCCGACGUCGACCGGAGGUGGGACCUCAAGACGGUCAUCGCGCGCAUCGACGAGAUCCGUGAACCCGAACCCGCCGACGGCGACUCGUCGUCGUCCUUGGCGAGCGAUGGCGAGCACCGAUCCUAA